UUCCAGAGAGAGAAAAAAUCACAAUCUUAAUGCAGAUUUGAAAGUAGUCCAGACAGAGAGAGAAAAAGAAAACACAUUCUCCAACCGAUUAGCAUUGCCCUUCGAAGUGAAGACAGAGAUAGCUAAACAUUUUCACAUCUUCUCUCUCUCUCUCUCUCUCUCUCUCUAAAGCCCUGUGUUUCUCUCACUAUAUAUACUUACAUAUCUAUAUAUAUAUAGAAACGUACAUAUCGGAGAUUCGAUACCCUAGAGGUUUAGGUUAGGUAUUUGAUGUGAGAUAGUGGUAGAUCCGAGAUGGCGGAGGUUUCCGGCGACGGAGGAGGUGUGUCACCGGUGGCGCCGGAACUGAGUUACGGCGAGAACGGCGGCAAUGCGGCGGCGGCGGCGACGCCGUUGACGGUGUCGGGAUCGUUUAAGAGUUCGAGGAGGCGAGCUCCGCAGAGGCCGCCGAGUUUGGACGCGGAUGAGUUCUUGAAUUUGCUGCACGGGUCGGAUCCGGUGAAGGUGGAGCUCAAUCGGCUGGAGAAUGAAGUCAGGGAUAAGGAUCGAGAAUUGGGAGAAGCGCAUGCGGAGAUCAAGGCAUUGAGGUUGUCCGAACGACUUAGAGAGAAGGCAGUUGAAGAGCUCACUGAAGAAUUGGCAAGGGUGGAGGAGAAGCUCAAGUUAACAGAAUCUCUUCUAGAAAGCAAAAAUCUUGAGAUAAAGAAAAUCAAUGAUGAGAAAAAGGCUUCUAUGGCAGCUCAAUUUGCGGCUGAAGCCACUCUUCGGAGGGUUCAUGCUGCUCAAAAAGAUGAUGAUAUGCCUCCAAUUGAAGCCAUCCUUGCACCGCUGGAGGCUGAACUCAAGCUUGCUCGACAGGAGAUCGCAAAGCUGCAGGAUGACAACAAGGCAUUGGAUCGCCUCACCAAAUCCAAAGAAGCUGCUUUACUUGAAGCUGAGCGUACUGUUCAGGUUGCCUUGGCAAAGGCUUCCAUGGUGGAUGAUCUUCAGAAUAAGAACCAAGAGUUGAUGAAGCAGAUAGAAAUUUGUCAGGAAGAAAAUAAAAUUUUGGAUAAAAUGCACCGACAAAAGGUUGCUGAGGUUGAGAAACUUACCCAAACUGUACGUGAGCUCGAAGAGGCUGUCCUUGCUGGGGGCGCAGCUGCAAAUGCUGUGAGGGAUUACCAGCGCAAAGUUCAAGAGAUGAAUGAGGAGAGAAAAACUCUUGACAGGGAGCUGGCACGUGCAAAAGUGACAGCAAACAGGGUGGCGACAGUGGUAGCUAAUGAAUGGAAAGAUGCUAAUGACAAAGUGAUGCCGGUAAAGCAAUGGCUUGAGGAAAGAAGGGUUUUGCAGGGGGAGAUGCAGCAACUCCGGGACAAGCUCACUAUAACUGAAAGAGCUGCAAAAUCUGAAGCUCAGUUGAAAGAAAAGUACCAACUGCGACUCAAAGUACUAGAAGAGAGCUUGAGAUCGUCAAGCAGUAGCAGUCGCAGCACCCCGGAGGGAAGAAGUAUGAGCAAUGGCCCUUCUCGUCGUCAAUCUCUGGGUGGAGCUGAUAACAUAUCCAAAUUGACCUCCAAUGGAUUUUUACCUAAGAGAUCUCCAUCCUUUCAGUUGAGAUCUUCUGGCACCAGUUCAGUAUUGAAGCAUGCAAAAGGGACAUCAAAGUCAUUUGAUGGUGGCACACGGUCAUUAGAUAGGGGUAAAAUUCUUUUAAACGGACCAGGUCCAAAUUUUAAUCUUAGCCAGUCUUGUGAGGGAAGGAAGGAAACUGAAGCCAAUAGUAAUACUUGGAAAGAAAAUCCAGAAGAGAAAAUAAAUGACUUCCCUGCUGUGGAUACAGAAGAUACUGUUCCAGCGGUGGUAUAUGAUUUUCUACAAAAAGAAGUGAUUGCUUUGAGGAGAGCUGGUCACGAAAAAGAUCAAAGCCUCAAAGACAAGGAUGAUGCGAUUGAGAUGUUGGCAAAGAAGGUUGAUACUUUAACUAAGGCGAUGGAGGUUGAGGCCAAGAAGAUGAGAAGGGAAGUAGCUGCCAUGGAGAAGGAGGUAGCUGCCAUGCGUGUGGACAAAGAGCAUGAAAAUAGGGUUAAACGGUUUGGGAAUUCCAAGGGUCCGGUGAACAGUUCUCAGCUCCUUCCUGGAAGAAAUAUAACACGAGGUGGGUUAACGCGUAGCACCCAAUAACGAGAAGCCCCAGUUGCAGCAGUGAGGAGUAAUUCUGGAUGGGCCUUUAAUUGGGUCUUUCUCUCCCCCCCCCUUUUAUUCUUGUUUUCACCUGUUUUACAGCUUUUGUGGUUGAUUAUAUAAUAUUGUAACCAGCACGCCAAUGUGGUUCCACAUUCACUGAGUUUGGCAAGAAAUUGAAAAUCAAAAUAGGAAGAGAACAGGUGGAAGAUGUUGGUAUGCUUCUGACUUAGACUUGUUAUCAUCGUUCUGCUUAGAAAUCAGAAAGAAAUCAAGGGAGGGUAUCGAAGUUGAGCUAACCUUUUGGCAGAUUUAUAUUUUGAGUGGGCAGUAAUUUCGUGUGGGUGUAUAGGUAGAGCUUAUUAUUGGUGGUGUCGGCCUCUUGUUCUAUGUAUUUGUAAUCUGCAGCAGCAGCAGCUAGUGUGAGCGUCAUUGUCAUUGGUUCAGGUUUGUCAAUAUUCUUGUAAUCAUCAGAUAAAGCUCAGAGUUUCCAUGAUUAUUAUGUUCUUUAUUCAUCUAUAGUUUAUUCAUAUCUCUCUACACAUGAA